GGAAUGGAAGCUUUCCUCCUCUUUACAACUUAUUAUUGGUUCAGCGCCGUCGGCAUCCGUAGGGAGUAGUAGGUAUGCAAUCGUUUGGUAAUGGUCGGGUAUCUAUCUGACUCUAUCCAUCGCCACAUCAACUAACAUACAUCUAAAGCUGGGUAUGGAUCCCACUUUUGACUUAGACAGACGGUGAGUUGUAUGUGCGUGUGUGUCUUUCACCUUUCACAAUAAUUACAAGAAUCACAAUCAACUCUGUCUUUCCUUUCCCAUUCACUCAAAUUAUUCCUAUCAUAUACUACAUCAAGCCCGUUGCAUAUCCGGUGGGUAGGACGGCUUCAAUGUCUGGAUUUCUCGCUUCAUUAACACCAUCGAUAUGACGGAUGAUGGUAGUACGGCAUAUAACAGCCGCAUCGAGGCGCUCCGAAAGGAUGAGUUUCCUAUGCUACGAGAUGAGAUCUAUCUCGAUCAUGCUGGGACAACAUUAUAUGCGAAGUCCCUCGUGGACAAGUUCGCCGCUGAUAUGACAUCCAAUCUUUUUGGCAAUCCUCAUUCAGCAUCUUUGUCCUCGCAGACUUCAACAUCUCGAAUUGAAGAUAUUCGACUUCGAGCCUUGCAAUUCUUCAAUGCCGACCCCUCCGAGUUCGAUCUCGUCUUCGUCGCCAACGCAACUGCAGGUAUCAAGCUUGUCACCGAGGCAUUCCGGGGCAAUCCGAUUGGUUUUGAUUAUUUGUACCAUCAGGCGUGUCACACUAGCUUGGUAGGCGUUCGAGAAGAAUCCGCAAGUAAUCGGUGUGUCGACGAUGUCGCCAUAAAUAAUUGGAUUGAUGGAACUCAUCCCGAUACUGAAUUUGGAUCCGAUGAUAGGCCACUUCUUUUCGCAUAUCCGGCACAGUCUAAUAUGGAUGGUAGCCGGUUUCUUCUAGAUUGGUCUGACAAGCCACGCCGGAUUGAAGCAGCGUCGGGUCGCCAAGUUUUUACACUACUGGAUGCCGCGGCAUUCGCCGCCACAUCCCCCUUAGACUUAAGCGACUCCGAAACAGCGCCAGAUUUCACAGUAUUAAGUUUUUAUAAAUUAUUCGGAUUUCCGGAUUUGGGUGGACUCAUUGUCAGGCGUCAAGCGACGUCGGUUUUUCAGUAUCGAAAAUAUUUCGGAGGCGGCACCGUUGAUAUGGUAGUUUGUCUCAAAGAGCAGUGGCAUAUGCCCAAAACACAAGCCUUGCAUGAGUCCCUGGAAGAUGGAACCUUGCCAGUGCAUAAUAUCAUAGCGUUGGACGCGGCGCUUGAAGUUCACCGCCAGUUAUUUACAUCAAUGAAAGACGUCUCAUCCCAUACAUCCCUUCUAAGUCAAAGGCUACAUGACGGGUUGGCUACCUUGAAACACAGCAAUGGCCAACCAGUAUGUGCAAUGUACUCGAAACCAUCACUGGUAUCAAAGAGACUAGGAUCUACUUUGGGAAAUGGCCCAGUAGUCGCCUUCAACUUGCGAAAUCAUUUAGGAACAUGGAUCAGCUUGGCCGAAUUCGAAAAGCUUGCGGUAUUAAAACGAUUCCAUGUUCGCACAGGAGGACUCUGUAACCCAGGUGGGAUUGCAAAUUCUCUCAACUUAAAGCCGUGGGAAAUGAAGAAAAAUUUCUCUGCGGGCUUCAGAUGCGGAACAGAGAAUGAUAUAAUUAAUGGGAGACCGACCGGAGUUAUCCGAGUUAGCUUGGGGGCCAUGAGUACCAUUUCAGACGUGGACAAAUUCAUUGCAUUCAUUACCGAAUUCUACCGCACCGUUACUAUAUCAGAUCCUACACCGCCGUCCUUCCCUUUGCUACACCAAGAGCAACCAGAUAUUUAUGUGAAAAGCGUCACUGUAUUUCCGAUCAAGAGCUGCGGUGGAUUUCACAUUCCCGUUGGAGUUAAGUGGGAAGUAAGACCAGAAGGAUUGGCAUGGGAUCGAGAAUGGUGUUUAGUCCAUCGAGGAACCGGCCAAGCAUUAAGUCAGAAGCGUCAUCCGCGCAUGGCUCUCAUCCGGCCAUCGAUUGAUUUUGAUCAAGGACAACUGCGAGUUUCGUACACGGGAUCCCACAUAGAGCCAAACUUAUCCGAUAUAUCCGUCCCAUUAUCAGCAAACCCGACUCUCCUUGAAGCAAGCGCCCCGUCCAAGGCAACAGCGUCUAGGGUUUGCGGGGAAGAAAUAGCAGCGCAGAUAUAUACAUCAAGGGAGGUUAAUGAUUUCUUCACAGCCGUUCUCGGAGUCCCUUGUGCGUUAGCUCGCUUCCCACCAGGCGGUUUAGGGAAGAGCAUGCGACAUGCUAAGGCCCACCUUCAAAAACAUCAAAAGGUCAAUACCAAAUCGCAAUACACGGUGUCUUGUCAGUAUCCCGGUAUGGAUACGCCUCCAGACUCAGACUCGGAGUCCGAACGACAGAAGAUCCUGCUGUCUAACGAAAGCCCUAUUCUCGCUAUCAAUUUAUCCAGCCUUGGAGAGUUGAACGACCGAAUAAUCGCACAAGGCGGGAAUGCGGUCCCUCCAGAAGUCUUCCGUGCUAACAUAGUUAUUGGAUCACCAACGCCAGGGCCACAAUUGUUAGCUUAUUCGGAAGAUCAUUGGUCUAAUCUGAAGAUCGGACAGCAAGAUUUUAAGAUGCUAGGGUCUUGUCGAAGAUGUCAUAUGAUAUGUAUAAAUCAGGACACGGCAGAAAAGAGCGAGGAACCAUUCAUCACUUUGAGCAAAACGAGAAGAUUCGAUGGAAAGGUAUUUUUUGGAACACAUAUGUGUCAUUUACCUUCAUUAGGGACUGGCACUAAAGAAGCGCAAUUUCCUACUAUUAUGGCAGGAGACAAAGUACUAGUAGAUCCUAUUUAGGAAAUCUAGUCUCAAUUGAUUGGCGUAUAUCACAAGAAGCGUUGCUUGUUAAGUAGGUGCUUAUACUUAUACCACGAUAACCACAUAACCAAUACCUACCUUCUAUUAAGCUGUAUCAGUGAUUCCUGGAAGAAUACCAUUGCAACUUCCAAUUGCCAUUAUAUUCUUAACAUCAAUUGAUUACCUCAAUUGUAUACCUUCGAACAACUAGAUUAUCAAUCGCUUAAGUAAACCCGACUUGGAAGCUUGCCCCUUUCUUCCUUACGUUUUCAAGCAUUUCCUUUCUAUGAUUGACCCCCCAUCACAUCACCUAACGCUCACUUCAGUACCCAAUUUGUUUCUAACUAUUAAAUAUACAUAGUUACACUCUUGUACAAGUACGUAUGACCACUGCCUCGGCCUGUGACGACAUCGGGUCUUUCUAGUUCGGAUGGAACGAUAGAAGAGCAAGUCAUUCUCAACAAUAUCAAGCGUAAAUGGUUACUUCAAUCUAUA